AUGCGUUUCGUGUAUCUGGCACCCUUUUUGGGGGCGGUGUCUGCUAACACCAUCCUGCUCACAAACCGUGCCGCUCAGAGUUGGAACUAUCAAGGCUGUUAUCUAGAUAACACUAGCCAGCGAACUCUGACUCACAGUUCUGGUCGAGAUUUCAACGAUCAAACGGUUGAGAUGUGUACGGGUUAUUGCCAGGCGAAUGGCUUCAAUUACGCUGGUCUAGAAUAUGGCCAAGAAUGUUGGUGUGACUACCAGCUAUCUGGAGCGACGCAAGAGCCUGACUCGGAUUGCUCUAUGCCCUGUACUGGCAACUCGUCUGAGAUAUGCGGCAACGGCAAUAGAUUGAGCGUUUAUUACAAUGGUAACACAUAUACUGGACCAUCAACGAAUCCCGGACCUCCUGGCUGGACGUACCUCGCAUGCUACACUGACAGCGGCAAUGCGAGGACGUUGCGGACUUCUCAAGGCGUCAGUGCAGGAGCAGAUAACCUGACGAUCGCCGAGUGCACUGAUGCCUGCAAGUCGGCUGGUUAUGGCAUGGCUGGUGUUGAAUAUGCUCGUGAAUGCUGGUGCGAUGAUGCUAUCCAAAACGGUGCUACAGUCGCACAGAGCGGUUGCGACAUGACCUGUACUGGGAACUCGACCGAAUACUGUGGUGGCUCAAAUCGCAUCAACGUCUACCAAGUGGCAAACGCUUCUGGGCCUGGAGAUGGAGGGGCUCCCACAGGCUGGGCCGCCCUGGGAUGCUAUACAGACAACGCAGGUUCCCGCACACUAGAGUCCUCGCCUGGUGUCGCUGGCGGAUCUUCGAAUAUGACUGUCAAAGGAUGUCUCAACGCCUGUAGCAGCCAAGGCUACUUGUAUGGCGGCCUCGAAUAUGCACAGGAAUGCUUCUGCGGCAACUCGCUUCAAAAUGGAGGCGCAUGUGCUUCAGAUCAAAAGAGCUGCUAUCAGCCUUGCAAAGGUAAUAGCGCUGAAAUCUGUGGAGGUCCCAACCGUCUCAACAUGUACUAUUCCGGU